AUGGAAGAUACCUACUGUUAUAAUAAACAAAGCGAUAAGGAUGAUUAUAAAAUCGACCCAAUUUUUGAUAUUAUUGACUAUCUUGUGAGAUGUGCGAAAAUAUCAUUUAAAAAUUCUUCUAUUAAUCAACCCGAAUUAAGAACAAAUGAUAAAAUUCAGUUUGCAUAUAAACUUUUUAAGCAAUCUCCAGUACAGUUUUUGCUGCAAUUUGGAAAAUAUUUAUCUCCUAAUCAUCUACACUAUUUUGAAAAAUUGCAAAUAAAUAAUGAUAAAUUUCAAAGUUGUGUAGCAGAGUUAAGAUUAUAUCAUUCUAAUAAAUGUGCAAACAAAAGAAUAAGAAAUAGAAGGUAUAAAGCUUUACAAAAAUUGCAACAAGAAACAGAUUAUUUUAGUGAAAAGCAAAUGAUGCUUCGUAAUCCAUUGCUAUAUGAACAAUUAAUUGGCCAGUAUUUAACUGAUGAUGAAAUAAGAGACAGGGAUGCUGUUGAUAGUGAAAAUCUUACGUUCCUUAAUUUGAUAUUAGAUACUGUAGACAGAAAUGAAAUGAAUGAAAUAAGAAACAAGCAAAUGCAAAUAGAGGAGAAAGAAGUAUCAAAUGAAACAUAUUUUAAAGAUAAUGUUGGUCAAGAAAAUAAGGUUUCUGUAAAGGAAAAGCAAUGGGGUGACUUUGACAUUCCAGAGAUUGAUUCAGCUGGUUUACCAGAAUCACAAAAACAUGCUGUGAUUAAUGCAAAUGAAAGAAAUCUUCUUAGAGAAGAGUUUCUUCAAGAAAUGUACAGUAGUUUUAUUGAAGGUAAAGAUGUUGAUUUUGAUUAUAAUUCUGUUGAUAAUAGUGAAGAAUAUGAUGAUUUACAACAAAUGUCACAAGAUGCUGAGGAUAAAUAUUUUGACUCUGUAGAGAAUGAUGAGGAAACUUUAGAAGAACAUAUUAAUUAUAGAGAAGAUUAUGGUACAAAGAAGUCACCAGGAUUUAAUAGUGCUGUUAAUGACCCACUUGAUAUAUUUAUGGAACAUAUCUCAAAAAAUCUCCAACAGAAUGUA